GCGCAUUGAGUGCGGCUGGGCGUGCUGUUGCAGGAGGAGGUGCACCGUCUCUUCAGAGCGAGAGCAACGCCCUGGAAGAGGCGAGGCUCCGCUGCGAAGGCUUGAGAGCGAGGCUCGCAGAAGAAGAAGAUGGGCUCCGGCGCCGGCUGAGGCCGUGCCUCACCGAGGCCACAGCGGCUGCGGUGCCAGCGCGUGCAGAGCGCACGGAGCUGCAAAAGGCCCUGGAAAGCCUCGCCGACGCGCGCCUUCGUGCAGCGCAGGAGGUUGGCGGACUUAGCAAGAAGCAGCUGGCGGAGAUCCGACAACUCCUAAGGAGCCCGCCGGAUCCCGUCAAGCGCACACUUGCUGCUGCGUGGCUUCUGCUACACUGUCACCGAUUCAAGGAGAAGCCGGCCAGUGCUGUGCGCUUCGACGAGAAAGCGGACUGGCCUCGCUGCCAGAAGAUGUUGGUGGAUGAGGGAUUUGUUUCCUCCGUCUUGAACUACGACGCCAAACAGCUCGAUGAGGCACCUGCCGUGGCCGCUCACGUUGCAACAGCGUACUUGGGCCUCUCCACGGGCACCUCUGCGGCACCGGCUCCAGGUGCUUCCGCAAAGCCCGCGCUGCGCCGUAGUGCCACGGUUCCCGUGAAAGCACCCCUGGAGCUCGCCGCAGUUGCGAGGGCCUCUGCACCCUGUGAGACGCUGCUGCGCUGGGUCCAGGAGCUCGUUGUGGAGCACGUGUCCCGUCUCAAGCUCCAGGAAGCGCUCCGCUCCGCGGAGGCCAAAGCCGCAGAAGCCGAGGCCGCGGAGGCGAAAGCGGAGGCGGACGUCGCCGAAUCCGAGGCCAGUCUGGGACGGCUCAGGGACGCACUCUCUGCGGAGGAAGCAGCUUUGGCAGCCUUGAUGGCAGAGAAGGUGGCGGCAGAGAAGGCUGUCCGUGACCUUCGCAAGUUGGAAAGUCUUGGGACCGUGACGCCAAAGGCUGCGCCGACCGCGGCUCCCGCCUCCAGGCCGCCAAAGAGGAGCCCUGAGAUCGAGCUGGAAGUCAACAGCACGUUGGCUGUCGUCGAGCAGAAGCUGGCUCAGUGCGGCAUUCCCUUCCCCGAUGCCUCGUCAGAACUCCUCGCCGGGGAUCCGAAACAGGCGCUGAUGUUACCUCAGAUCGCGGAGGUGCUGAAGGAGCACCGCGGAAAGCUCAAGUCGAGAUGGACUAAGUAG